AAAUAAAUAGUAUAUUUCUUGUAGUACCAAGAAUUGGUAUUAAUCAUACAUUAUCUGUGAACAAAUGAAAAGUGUAAAGUAAAAGAAUAACAAAUAAAAAUACUAAGAAAAACAAUACGAAAUUAUUGUGCUUUUCCCAAACUAUUUAGUUUUAUUAAGGUGGGCAUUAGUGGAUGUCUUAACUGUUCGAAAGGAAACAAUGGUGUUUUGUGUAUUCUGUGAUAUAUAGGGGAAAUCACCCAGUACUAAAAUUGAAGUAGAAACUGAUGAAUAUGUGAUAUUUAAAGAUAUUAAACCAGCUUCAAAAUAUCAUUUUCUAUGUGUAACGAAAAGACACAUAGAAUGCCUACAAAUGACCAAAGAUGAUAUAUCUUUAGUCAAUCAAAUGGAAGAAGGUCUGCAGAGAUUUUUCAAAUCCUUAAAUAUUGAUCUUAAUGAGGCUUUACUGGGCUUUCACAUGCCACCUAUUAUAAGUGUUUAUCAUUUGCAUAUGCAUGGCAUAGCACCAGGUACCGACAUGUCCUCGCAUGAUAGAUAUUUGUUUAAAACUCCCUCCUAUUGGUUUAAAACGGUGGAGGAGGCCAACCAGUAUUUAGCUAGUAAUCAUAAACUUGUACACUUGUUGAAAGGCACAAAGGCACAGUUGUAGUGGGUAAACAGAUACUCAAAUAAUAAAUACUUAAAUUAUUAAUUAUUUUUGCUUUGUUUUAAAUUUAAUUAUGUAAAUUGUUUCAUUUUAU